CUUCGAAUCGUUAACAAUUUGAUUUGUGAGCUGUUACAGUCAAGUCGCGCAAUUUCUUCGUUUUUGUAUACGUUUUCUUAACUUAACAAACAAAACAAAAUAUCUUCAACAAAAUGAAAUUCCUCAUUGUAAUAUUCUUUGUCGCUGCCGCUUCGGCCGCUGCCAUCGAUGAUGCUGACAAGAAACAAGAUAAACGAGGUGUUCUCGGUGUUGGAUACGGUCUUGGAGGCUAUGGAGCACCGCUAGGCGGAUAUGGCUUAGGAUUGCAUGCUGCUCCAAUUGCAGCACCAAUUGCAUACGGUGGCUCAUACGGCGGCGCAUACCAUGCUCCAUUGGCUUUGCCAGCUCCAGCCAUUGCUCAUGCCCCAGCUGCUGUUGUUUCGCAUUCAACCAUUGCACACGCUCCAAUUGGCCCACUUGGCUAUGGUGCACCAUUGGGCUAUGCUGGUGGAUAUGGAUUGGGCGGUUAUGGAUUGGGUGGUCUUGGCUAUGGAGGCUACGGAGCUCCAUUAGGUGGAUACUAUGGUGGCGCAUACGGUGGCGCGUUGGUGCAUUGAAACCAUAUUAACCAAAUUCCUAAAUUUAUUUAAUUAAAUUAACAUCAUCUAAAUUACAGAAGAAAAAAAAACACCAACAAAUCAACAUUCGUUCUUUAGAUGCAAAUUUUGGUCACGAUUUUGCAAUAAAACGAAAGAAAUAAAUAAAAGUUUUGAAAAGCCCAAAAAAUUGUUGUCUGUUUCUUA